AAUUAUCAGCCAACCGGAAGAAAGAGAAUUGACUAGUCAAGCUGUGAUUGGUCUAUCUUUGAGAGCGUAACUGACAGCGGGCAGCGUAUGAAAGUAUUGGCUGGCAGCAGCGGCGUCUACUCCGUGGAAGGAAAAUAUGGCUACUUUGGAAAGGGUGAAAGUGCUGGUGUUGGGUGACUCAGGUGUGGGGAAAUCCUCUCUUGUUCACCUGUUAUGUCACAAUCAGAUGCUGGGAAAUCCGUCUUGGACUGUGGGCUGCUCCGUUGAUGUCCGAAUUCAUGACUACAAGGAAGGGACGCCAGAAGAGAAGACUUAUUACAUUGAGUUAUGGGAUGUUGGUGGCUCAGUGGGCAGUGCAAGUAGUGUAAAAAGCACACGUAUUGUCUUCUACAACUCUGUUAAUGGCAUAAUUUUAGUACAUGACUUAACCAACAAGAAGUCCUCCCAGAACCUGUAUCGAUGGUCUUUGGAAGCCCUCAACAGAGAUGUGGUUCCAUCUGGAGUCCUGGUGACAAAUGGGGAUUAUGACCGUGAACAGUUUGCUGAUAACCAGAUUCCACUACUUGUCAUAGGGACCAAACUGGACCAGAUCCCAGAGAUGAAGCGCAGUGACGUCUUGUCCAGAACUGCUUUUGUUGCUGAGGAUUUCAGUGCAGAAGAAAUUAAUCUGGACUGCACCAACCCUCGCUACCUGGCUGCAGGCUCCUCCAACGCUGUGAAGCUCAGUAGAUUCUUCGAUAAGGUCAUAGAGAAGAGAUACUACUUACGAGAUGGUAAUCAGAUUCCUAGCUUCCCAGAGAGAAAAAGAUUUGGUGGUGGCUUUAUAAAGAGCGUUCACUACGACUGACCAUCACUUGCCAGCCAGAGACUCUGGGAAAUUAAUGAUAGUGGGGAUUUUUUGCAACAUUCCUGUUACUGCAACUGAUUAUUCUGCUAACACAAUCAACUUCUCUAGCACAUAAAUCACUAAGACUGUUCCGCUACAAGUGUUUCUGAACAUACUCAGAAGGACUUCUUCCCAGAUCUCUGGAAUGAAUCUGAGAUUUUUUCGGAUAUCCAGCAUCAUUGGGGGUAUACUGUCUGAUAACAUGGGGUUGUAUUCAACCAAGUCAUACCCAGAGCCGACCCAUAGAAAUCAAGGAGCAGGCUAUUUACGUAUUUGAUUUCAGUGUGAAUUGGUUGGAUACAUCUCAAUGUUUUGUGCACCUUGAAAGUUUUAUGAACUCCUAGCAGAAUGGUGAUGCUGAGGAAGAUUCUAAAUAUAGUUUAAGAAUCACAGAUUUAUACGCAAUUAAAAUAUUAGCAUUCCAGUUUACCAACAAUACUCUUGCUGAUGCUGUGGCAUUGUUUGUAACCUGUUGCUAAGGGACCUCUGACAAUAUCUGAGCAUCAAAAUGUUAUGCAAAGACAAGCAAAGGGAAUGGGAAGAGAUUUGGAGAAACUACUUUGAAAAUAAAUAGCAUUGCUUAGUACUUAAAAAAAACACUGAAUUUUUAAUAUUUAAUUGUAUUAUUGCAUUCAAGCAAAGAAGUAUAUACUUUUAUGGACUGGAAUGAAGAAAGAACAAUUAAAGCAGGUGACUAGUAAAGUUGAAAAA